GAAAACUCGAUUGCUUCACGCUUAGUGUCUCGUCGGAUCUGAAGAAAAGCGCCUCCGGUUCCCGAUCUCGCGAAACAGAUCCGACGCCGUUUCGAAACCUUGGAUUCAGGUUGUGACAUUGCUGUCCUGUCAAGUCCUAAAUCUCACGAGAUCUCGGAGAAUCGAAAUUGGAACCCUAAUUUUAAUCAUCUCGCCCUAAAAUUUUCCCCCAAUUGUUACAAGAUCGUGAUUCUUUGGUUGUGUGUGUGUGUUCAUAUAUGGUUUUUGGGCCGUUUUUGGAUUGUGCGAAGUUGAAAAAUUUGGGAGAGAUGGGGAAGGAGGUUGAGGAUGUGGAAGAGGGUGAGAUUUCGGAUACUGCUUCGGUGGAAGAGAUUAGUGAAGAGGAUUUCAAUAAGCAAGAUGUUGUUAAGGUGAAUAAUAACAACAACAACAACAACAACAAGCCCAAAGGGGGUGGUGGUGAUGCUAGGGUUUGGGCUGUUCAUGAUCUUUACUCAAAGUACCCUACUAUAUGCCGUGGUUAUGCCUCGGGUUUGUAUAAUCUUGCUUGGGCACAAGCCGUGCAGAACAAGCCUCUGAAUGAUAUUUUUGUGAUGGACGUGGAUUCUGAUGCCAGUGCUAAUAGUAACAACUCUAAUAGAUCGUCUUCUUGUUCUGUGAAUGCUGUUAAGGAGAUGGUUGUGGUGGAUGUUGAUGACAAAGAGGAAGGGGAGUUGGAGGAGGGUGAGAUUGAUGCUGAUGCUGAGCCCCAAGCAGAAGCAGGGAGUGUUGUUGUGGGUGGUGGCGGCGGCGGUGUUUCUGAAACUGUUUCAAAUUCUGAGCAGCUAGGUGUUAGGGAAGUUUUGGAGGGUGUUACCGUUGCUAAUGUGGAGGAAUCGUUUGCGGAAACUUGUUAUAAGCUGCAGAAUGCAUUGCAGAGCUUGCCUGAAGUGCUCUCGGGACUUGCUGUUUCCGAAAAGGAUGAUCUUGUUCGCUUGUCAUCCAAUGCAAUUGAAAUAGUUAAUUCUGUGUUCUGCUCCCUGGACCAUUUACAAAAAGAACAGAACAAGGAAAAAAUCUUAAGAUUACUUUCUUCUGUGAAGGAUAAAAUCGCUCAUUUAUUUUCAACAGAGCAUAUGAAAGAGAUUCAGGUCAUGAUUACUGCAAUUGAUUCUAUUGGUGCUAUAGGCAAUAGUGAGUCUAUUGGCGAGGAGAAUGAACUGCAGUCCCAUGAAAUAAAGACUCAGGAAAUUCCAUCUGUAAAAGCUAUUGAAUUGAUUUCUUCUAGUCAGCUUUUGCAUAGUGACUCAAUUGGGGCAUCAGAAGCUUUGAUAUCUGGACAAAGUAAUAUUAAAGGUAGAGGGGUUCUGCUCCCUCUGUUAGACCUUCAUAAGGAUCAUGAUGCAGACAGUUUACCAUCACCCACACGAGAAGCACCAUCCUGCUUCCCUGUGAAUAAAUCAUCCUCUGUUGGAGAGGGGAUGGUUAGAUCUGGGUUGCCAGCUGGUAAGAUGGAGGCUGGGAAGAUGGAACUGGAUAGUGAAGAUUCCAAGUUUCAUCUCUAUGAAACUGAUGCUUUAAAAGCUGUUUCCUCGUAUCAACUGAAGUUUGGUCGAAGUUCUUUUUUGACUAAUGAUAAACUUCCUAGUCCAACUCCUUCAGGUGAUUGUGAGAAUGGGGUCGUUGAUGCAAAUGAGGAGGUUUCUAGUGCUUCUAUUCCUAGUUCUUUAACAAGCACUAUGCCACCCCCCUUUUUGGAUCUGCCACCUGUUUCUUCUGCCUCCGUGGAUAGGUCUAGCGUGCAUGGAUUGAUUAAUUCUAGAAUUGAUGCACCUGGUUCUGGGUCUUAUCCGAUGAAAAGUUUAGCAAAGAGUAGAGAUCCUAGGCUUCGUAUCAAUAAUUCUGAUGCAAAUGCUUUGGAUCUUAACCAACCUUCAGUGAUACAUAAUAUGCCUAAAGUGGAAUACGCUGGAACGGUAGUCUCAAGAAAGCAAAAGGCUGUUGAAGAGCCUUCUUUGGAUUUUACUAUAUCAAAAAGACUAAAAAAUUCAUUCGAAAAUCCUGAGCGUAAUAUGAGAGAGGUAAGAACUGCAGCUGGAAAUGGUGGUUGGUUGGAAGAGACUGCAGUGUCUGGAUCUCAGUUGAUAGAAAGGAAUCAUUUAAUGGAGAAUGUGGAAGCUGAACCCAAAAAGACUUUGAGUAUAGUAAGUAGUUCGCGUACUGAUUCUGGUAAUUUCAAUGUGACCAGUAAUGGAAAUGAGCAGGCACCAGUUACAAGCAGUAGCACCACAGCUUCCUUACCUGCUUUAUUGAGAGAUAUAGCUGUAAAUCCAACUGUGUUGCUAAACAUACUUAUAGAGCAACAGCAGAGAUUGGCAGCAGAAGCCAAAAUGAAAUCUGCUGAUUCUGCUACGAGUACACCGCAUCGAUCAAGCUCAAAUUCGGCAAUGGGAACAGACCCAAAUGUGAGUAUUGGUCCAUCAAUGACCACUGGUCUUUUGCAAAGUUCUGUUGGAAUGCUUCCAGUCUCAUCACAAGCAACAUCCACGGUACAAAGCCUACAAGAUGAUUCAGGAAAGAUUCGCAUGAAACCCCGUGAUCCACGGCGCAUUCUCCACACUAAUAGUACUCUCCAGAAGAAUGGGAGCUUGGGGAGUGAGCAAUUCAAAUCCAUUGGAUCCCCCGCAUCAAACAAUCAGGGAACUGGGGACAAUGUCAAUGCCCAGAAGCUUGAGGUUAGGGCUGACACAAAAUUGGUGCCUACUCAAUCAAUUGCACCCCCUGAUAUUGCUCGACAGUUCACCAGGAAUCUGAAAAACAUUGCUGAUAUUAUUUCCGUUUCACAAGAAUCAUCAAAUCACAAUCCUGCUGCUCAAAUUUUUUCUUCUGCAUCUGUUCCCCUUACAUUAGAUAGAGCGGAACAGAAAUCUGCUGUGUCUAACUCUCAGAACCUGCAGGCUGGCAUAGGAUCAGCUCCUGAAACAUGUGCAUCAGAUUCCUCUCGAUCCCAGAAUACAUGGGAAGAUGUUGAGCAUCUUUUUGAAGGUUAUGAUGAGCAGCAGAAGGCUGCUAUACAGAGAGAGAGGGCUAGGAGGAUGGAAGAACAGAAUAAAAUGUUUGCUGCUAGGAAAUUGUGCCUUGUAUUGGACCUAGAUCACACACUUCUUAAUUCUGCUAAGUUUGUGGAAGUAGAUCCAGUUCACGAUGAAAUAUUGAGAAAGAAAGAAGAACAGGACCGGGAGAAGCCUCACAGACAUCUUUUUCGCUUUCCUCAUAUGGGAAUGUGGACUAAACUCAGACCGGGAAUCUGGAACUUCUUGGAGAAGGCUAGUAAGCUUUAUGAGCUGCAUCUUUACACCAUGGGAAACAAGCUAUAUGCAACAGAAAUGGCAAAGGUGCUUGAUCCAAAUGGAGCAUUAUUUUCUGGUAGAGUUAUUUCUAGAGGUGAUGAUACCGAUUCGGGAGAUGGUGAUGAGAGAGCUCCCAAAAGCAAAGAUUUGGAAGGCGUUCUGGGUAUGGAAUCAGCUGUUGUAAUUAUAGAUGAUUCUGUGAGAGUCUGGCCUCAUAACAAACUGAACCUGAUAGUGGUAGAAAGGUAUACAUACUUCCCCUGUAGUAGACGCCAAUUUGGACUUCCUGGUCCUUCUCUUCUUGAGAUUGAUCACGAUGAGAGACCUGAAGCUGGAACUUUGGCAUCCUCUUUGGCGGUGAUUGAGAGAUUACACCAAAACUUUUUUGCUUCUCAAUCCUUAGAAGAAGUGGAUGUCAGAAAUAUCCUAGCAUCAGAGCAGAGAAAAAUCUUGGGCGGUUGUCGAAUAGUAUUUAGUAGGGUGUUUCCUGUUGGCGAAGUCAAUCCUCACCUUCACCCAUUGUGGCAGACAGCUGAACAAUUUGGUGCUGUUUGCACAAACCAGAUUGAUGAACAGGUUACUCAUGUUGUUGCAAAUUCCCUUGGGACUGAUAAGGUGAAUUGGGCUCUUUCCACCGGUAGAUUUGUUGUCCAUCCUGGCUGGGUUGAAGCAUCAGCAUUGCUUUAUAGGAGGGCGAAUGAGCAAGAUUUUGCCAUUAAACCAUAAAAACAACCGACCUAAUUCUCGUUGGUUAACUAAAAUAUGUGAAACAUAAAUCAAGAAUCACAUUGAUUUUGGGGGUGUGAAAUCAUUAGAUCAUAACUGGUCAGGGGAAGACAGUUUUAAUUCAUGAUGCCUACCUAUUGGAUAUGGUGAUUGGUGAGUUUGUGUAAUUUUACAAAGAUAAUUGGCCAGUUACUGAGGAGUUAAUGGGGGGCUAUAUGAAUGUCCCUGUGAUUCUUGGGAUUUUGCUUCCGGGUUCGGUGCUGAAGGGCCUGAAAGAAUGAGCUGACUGCUUUAGGGACUAGGUGAGUGAUAUUGUGGCGGUGGCUUUUGUGAAUAGCUCACAGUAAAUAUUUUCUGAGAUGGUGUCAAGCGAAGUACAUUUCUGUUGUUGACAAAGAAAAGUUAAAAGGCCUCAGCAUAUAGGGAGUUAAAAUGUGGAGGAUUUCAGACUCAGGAGAUAUUGACUGAACCUAAUAUAGGGGAAAAAGUUUCCUUGAUUAGAAUGAAGUCUAAGGAAAUGGGGGCGCUAUAACAGCGGAGUCAGGAUUUUUUUGGAAGUGGAUUCAUUGACCAACAAAAUGAAUUUCUGAUAACUGAAUUUGUAUAUUAAUGUGUCACUGUAUAAAGCAUUUGAGGGAGCUGCAAUUAAUCACCGUUGGCCUCCCUACCCAAAACUAAUAAAAGUUUGGCAGGGAGGGGGGGGAGGAUAGAAAAUGUUGGGAAGCGUGUCUAAGUCUAACCAUGCAUUAUUAUCAGGUCUUUUAUCCUUCUGAUUGCAUCUACCUUCAGUUUAUGUGGAUUGCGUGGCUUUACAACAAACCAAUUGGAAAAUAUCGAAAAUUUAUUAAAAAAAAAAAAGGGUCAUCUCAUACAUGAUGUCAUUUUUUUUAUGAGAAUACUAUUGAAGCCAAGAUAGUUAAAAAAAACUGGGGGAAAAAACGCAUAUGCUCUACUAUAUACCGAAGAAUAAUAUUAUGAGAAUCCUGUGCAGUACUGAAAGAGGACCACACAAAUUAUACCGUCGUGCAGUGCAAGUCAUGUUGUCAUGUCUGUUAAAUUUUGGCAAAUAUUAAUGAUCCUUCGUUUUCUGUCCAGUUCUGUCAUUUUGUUCCAAUGAACGAAGUGUCCUACAAACCUCAUUUCAAUGGUAAAAAAUAGUCACACUUGAGU